ACAUCACUUGCUAAGACAGCCACUAGUCUUAGUCUUCUUAUGUUAAAAAUAAUAAUUUGAUUUAUCUUCUUUUGUCACUAACAAUUCAAGAAAAGAACAUAGAGUGUACUAAGUGAUUCAUUGGAGAUGGCUUAUAGUGAAGUUACAUCUUUGAUGCAGACACUGCAGAGACUGAUGCAACUGCAUCCAAAAAGUAGAAAGAAAACAGAAUCUCUCCUACAAAAGGUGAGUUUAUUGCAAGUUUUUUUGAUGACACUAGAAAAGAUGAUGAGGAUAUUAAGUUUUUAGAAGGAAUUAUUAGAGAUGUAUCAUGUAAAGCAGAAGAUAUAGUUGAGGAAAUUAUGUUUGAGUAUUCAUCUAGUUCAAGUUUAAAGAAGAAUGCAACAAAGUUUGUUGGCGUUCAUCGAUUAGUAUUUAGAAAGAUUGAUGAGUCUGCAAUCACUAGUGUUUAUAAUGACAUAUGUUCUAUCAAAGGUAGAUCAACACCGAGUAGUUCGCGUGAUGUUACAAAAACUUUGAUUUCACAAAAGGAUCAUGUUGUAGUUGGUCUAUAUGAUGAUUUUUUACGAAUUGCAGAUAGACUAACAGGAUAUCCUGAUAAGCUAGAUGUUGUGGUAAUUUUUGGUAUGGGGGGUAUUGGUAAAACCACUCUUGCUAAGAGAAUUUAUCAUGACAAGUUAAUAGAGGAACACUUUUAUGUUAGAGCAUGGAUCACUGUAUCGGAGCGAUAUAAGGUGAGGAAUAUGUUGUUACACCUUUUGGUUUGUACAUCUAAAGUUGCGUUUGUAAUGGAUGAAAUGGAAAACGAAGAAUUGGCUGAACGAUUGUACAAAAGUUUAAAAGGACAGAGGUAUCUUAUCGUCAUGGAUGAUGUUUGGUAUACUGAGGCAUGGGAUGAUGUUAGAAGAUAUUUUCCAAAUGACAACAACGGAAGUAGAGUAAUGGUGACUAGUCGAAUCAUGAAAGUUGCUCGUUUUAUCAACCCCCUUAACCCUCCACAUCAAAUGCGCUUCUUGACUGUAGAGGAAAGUUGGAAGCUGUUGCAAAAGAAGAUUUUUGGAUUAGAUGAUCCAAGCUGCUGCUGCUGCGAUGACGAAAUGGAAAGGAUUGGAAUGGAAAUUUCAAAAAAAUGCAAAGGAUUACCACUAGCAAUUGUUAUGGUAGCUGGGAUACUUUCUAAAGAAAGCGCGACAGCAAGUAAAUGGAGUGAUAUUGCAGAAAAUAUUCAUUCUUCAUUCGUAACAGAGGAGUCGCGCCCAUUCUUGGAUAUACUAGCAUUGAGUUAUAAUCAUUUGCCUCGUCAUUUGAAGGCAUGCUUUCUUUACAUGGGCGCUUUCCCUGAAGACGUUGAAGUCCCUGUGUGGAGGCUCGUUAGGUUAUGGAUUGCUGAAGGAUUUAUAAAGUUGGAAUCACCAAAGACGUUGGAAUUUGUAGCACAAGAAUAUUUGCAGGAACUCAUCGACAGAAGCCUAAUUAUAGUGAGUAAGAGAUCGUAUGAUAAUAGAGUGAAAACAUGUAGCAUUCAUGAUAUCUUGCGAAACUUUUGCCAAGAAGAAGCUAAACAAGAAAAGCUUUUGCAUGUUGUGAGAAGGUUGGAACCACAUUUUCCUCAAGGUGUUCACCGGCGUCUACAUUUCCAUUCAGACAUUUUUGCCUACUCCUCUUACACAUAUUCUAAUCCAUACGUUCGAUCUUUUCUGUCAUCAAAAGCAUGCUCGGUUUUAGAGGAUUCCUACUUUGGUUGUAUGGGGUUCAAAUUGCUUCGUGUGUUGGAUGUAGUUAACUAUUCCUUUUACGGUUUCCCAAUUCAUGUCAUAAAACUAGUUCAUUUGAGGUACCUCGCGCUCUCCAUCAAUUCUGAGCUUCCUAGGUCGAUAUCCAAGCUCAAGAGUCUACAAACCUUAAUCAUUUACUGGGGAACCAAGGAGAUGCGCAUACUUCCGUUGGAAAUAUGGAAGAUGCCAAUACUAAGGCACAUCCAUGUCAAAGGAGAUGUUCUGUUAUUUGGAUCCCCCAUUGAUGAUCAUCACUCUAAAAGGAACUUUCGAGUCUUGGAGAAUCUGCAAACACUUUGCACUAUCACUAUUAGCACAAUCAACUUUUCUCAUCGACUUAUUGCUACAUUACCUAACCUAAAAACAUUGGCCUCUAAUCUGGUUACUGGCGGAAACCAUGAUGCUUCUUGCGAUGUGGAUUGGCUUGGGAGUUGUCUCAACAACCUACACCAAAUGUACUCACUUGAAACUCUCAAGUUGCUGUUCAACUUGCCAAUGAAAAAUCCUCUUCCUCGUAAUUCUAUCCAACGAUGGAAUGCAUUCCCACCGAAUCUCAAGAACUUGACUUUGAGCUGCAGCCUUCUACUGUGGCAAGAUGCUAGAGUUCUUGGCAACUUACCAAAUCUUGAAGUUCUCAAACUCAAAUAUUUUUCCUUCCAAGGACCAGAAUGGGAAACCGAUGAAGAGGGGUUUCAUCGACUCAAAUAUCUGUUGGUUGAGAGCAGAGACUUGGUGGUUUGGAAGCAGGCAAGUACAGAUAGUUAUCCAUUCCCAGCUCUCCAACAUUUAGUUUUGAGUUUUGCAACAAGCUAAAAGAAAUCCCUUAUGAAAUUGGAGAUAUCCCAUCUUUGCAAGUUAUCGAAUUGUAUUCAUGUAGCCCUUAUGCCACGAGACUCGCUAGAAUGAUUCAACAAGAUCAAAUUGACUCAGGAAACAGCUGCCUUGAAGUUUUCAUUCAUCCAGCUAGAUAGGAUCUAAUGAAUCAUAUACUAAACACUGGAAGAGAAUCGUGGUAGUACUGUUGAGUCCCACUGUCGGUGGGAUUGAGGAAUUUAGACCCUUUAUAUGGUCUUGGGCAAUUCUCUCUUCAUGAGCUAGCUUUUUGGGAGUGAGGACGCGUGUUGAGAUGUGGAGGAUUUGGGCUCUUCAUGUCACCGUGAACAAUCCUCCGAUCCAUUUGACAGGAGGGUUACAUUGAGGAGGCAUGGAGAGUACGAGGCGUAGUAGAAGAAGGGGGAGGGAGUUCUCAAACAUGGAAAAGCUUCCAUAUGAAGAAAUGCUUGAAGUGAACGAGGAGAUGUAUGAGGUGAAAAUCUCAUGUACGACUUAUCAAUGCCAUUGAGGACACAUGGAGAGUGUGUGGCAUUCGUACUCUUUGAGCAUAGUGGGAGAAGGGGGGAAGGGAUCGAGUUCUCAGAUAUGGCAAAGAUUCCAAGAAGGAUUGAACGAGGAGCUAUGUGAGGUGAAAAUCUCAUGUGCGAGUCCUUUUGUCAAUGGUAUGAGUCUUGAGGUCCAUGCAUAUAGAAGCAUGGGGAGUACAUGGCAUACUCUUCGGGGCGAAGUGGAAAAAGGGGGGAGGAAGAGUUUUCAGACUCGGAAAAAGGUUAUAAUGAAUUCUAAAGAGAUGAACGUGGAGUUGUAUGAGGUGAAAAUUUCAUGUACGGUUAUGUAGAAUGAUAGUAAGUAAGGGUCCAUAUAAGAUUGGCUAUGAGACUUUUCAGUGCCAAAUUCUCUAAACAAAAAUAUUCUUGUCAUCAAGAAUUUACCUCAUCGAUUUCCCUAGAUAAAGUAAUUCGUUAAAAUUUUGAAA